ACCGGACGCGGGGCGCGGAGCCGGCGGGCGCGGCCUCGGCAUGGACGUGACGGUCUCGGAGCUCAUGGAGCUCUUUCUGCAGAGCCCGCUGGUGACCUGGGUGAAAACUUUCGGCUCCUUCGGAAGCGGCCACCAGGACAACUUGACUAUGUACAUGGACUUAGUGGACGGCAUCUUUCUGAACCAAAUUAUGCUGCAAAUAGAUCCCAGGCCGACCAACCAGCGCAUCAAUAAGCACGUCAACAACGACGUGAACCUUCGCAUUCAGAACCUGACCAUCCUGGUGCGGAACAUCAAAACCUACUAUCAGGAAGUUCUCCAGCAGCUGAUCGUAAUGAAUUUGCCCAAUGUUUUGAUGAUUGGCAAAGACCCACUGUCUGGGAAGAGCAUGGAGGAGAUUAAGAAGGUGCUGCUGCUGGUGCUGGGUUGUGCUGUGCAGUGUGAGAGGAAAGAGGAGUUCAUUGAAAGAAUCAAACAGCUGGACAUUGAGACCCAGGCAGGCAUCGUGGCUCACAUCCAGGAGGUGACCCACAACCAGGAGAACGUGUUCGACCUGCAGUGGCUGGAGCUGCCAGACGUGGCCCCGGAGGAGCUGGAGGCCCUGUCCAGGAGCAUGGUGUUCCACCUCCGCAGGCUCAUCGAUGAGCGUGACGAGUGCACCGAGCUGAUCGUGGACCUGACGCAGGAGCGAGACUACCUGCAGGCUCAGCACCCGCCCAGCCCUGUCAAGUCGUCCAGCACCAACUCCACGCCCAGCCCCACCAGCAGCCUCUCCAGCGAGGACAAGCAGCACCUGGCGGUGGAGCUGGCCGACACCAAGGCCAGGCUGCGGCGUGUCAGGCAGGAUCUGGAAGAGAAGACAGAGCAGCUUGUGGACACCAGGCAUGAGGUGGACCAGCUGGUGCUGGAGCUGCAGAAGGUCAAGCAGGAGAACAUCCAGCUGGCGGCCGACGCCCGGUCCGCCCGUGCCUACCGGGACGAGCUGGACUCGCUGCGGGAGAAGGCAAACCGCGUGGAGAGGCUGGAGAUGGAGCUGGUUCGCUGCAAGGAGAAGCUGCACGAUGUGGACUUCUACAAGGCCCGCAUGGAGGUAGGCGCCCAGGGCCGCCUGCCCGUGGAGGAUUGGGAGGAGCCAGAAGCCUGGCACGCCAGGUGGUCACUCAGGCAGCUGGUCAGGCCUGGGGAGCACGGUGCGGGCGUCGUGUCCCCCCUGCUGUGGGGCUCCGGUGGUGCCCGGAGGCUGGCGGAGGAGGCUCCCCCAAGUCCCCCGGGAAUCGGCUCCUGGCACAGCGCUCCGAAGGAGUGUGUUAGAUCCAUCCUCAGCACGUUGCUGCGUGGUUUGCUUAGGUCUGGAAAUCGGUGCCAUUUCCUCUCUUCUGGCAGCACAUCUCCUCUGGGGUUGGUGACCUGUCACCCGGCUAGGCGGCCAGGACUGGGGCAGAAGUGUCUCAGAGAUGACCUCGUGAAGAGGCCUUGGCCUGGCCUCUCUGCUGUGACUCCGCUAGGCUCCUACCCCAUGCUUCCGUCUCCUGUGUUGCAGGAUCUGGUGCUGGAGAAGCUGAAGAGCCAGCAGCUGACCAGUGAGCUGGACAAACUCGGCCAGGAGCUGGAGAAGGUUGGGCUCAGCAAGGAGCUGCUGCUGCAGGACGAGAACAGCCACGGCGACACAAAGUACAAGAUUUUGGAGGGCAGAAAUGAGUCAAAAUUAAAAACGGCACUGGCCAUGAAAGAAGAAAAGAUUGUGUUCUUGGAAGCCCAGGUGGAAGAGAAAGUGGGCCUGAACCAGCAGUUACAGAGCGAGCUCCAGAUGGUGAAGGAAGAGCGGGACCGGCUCAGGCAGAUCCAGGAAGAGGCAACACAUGUGCAGAACUCGCUCAAGCGCCCUCUGGGGACUUCAGUCACCAGUCCCCAGGAGAAGGAGGCCUGGGGACCGGGCCACAAGGAGGCCACCAUGGAGCUGCUCCGAGUGAAGGACCGGGCCAUUGAGCUGGAGCGAAAUAACGCAGCUCUGCAGGCUGAGAAGCAGCUGCUGAAGGAGCAGCUGCAGCACCUGGAGACACAGAAUGUGGCCUUCAGCAGUCAGAUCCUGACACUGCAGAAGCAGAGCGCCUUCCUGCAGGAGCAUACCACCACGCUGCAGACCCAGACCGCCAAGCUGCAGGUGGAGAACUCCACGCUGAGCUCCCAGAGCGCCGCGCUGGCUGCGCAGUACACACUGCUCCAGAGCCAGCACACGGCCAAGGAGACGGAGCACGAAGGCCUGCAGAGGCAGCAGGAGCAGCUGGCGGCCGCCUACGAGGCCCUGCUCCAGGACCACGAGCACCUGAGCACGCUGCACGAGCGCCAGUCCUCGGAGUACGAGGCCCUCAUCCGCCAGCACAGCUGCCUGAAGACACUGCACCGGAACCUGGAGCUGGAGCACAAGGAGCUCAGGGAGAGGCACGGCGACAUGCUGAAACACAGGGCGGAGCUGGACGAGCUGGAGAAGGUCCUGACUGCCGAGCGUGAGGCGCUGCAGCAGGAGCAGAGGACGAACGCUGUCACCAUGGGCGAGAACCAGAGGCUGCGGGCGGAGCUGGACAGGGUCAAUUUCCUGCACCAGCAGCUGAAGGGGGAGUGUGAAGAGCUGCACGCCCACACCAAGGAGCUGAAAACCUCGCUGAACACCUCGCAGCUGGAGCUGAACCGCUGGCAGGCGCGCUUUGACGAGCUGAAGGAGCAGCACCAGACCAUGGACAUCUCGCUGACCAAGCUGGACAACCACUGCGAGCUGCUCUCCCGCCUCAAGGGGAACUUGGAGGAGGAGAAUCAUCACCUCCUGAGCCAGAUCCAGCUGCUGAACCAACAGAACCAAAUGCUCCUAGAGCAGAACCUGGAGAACAAGGAGCAGUACCAUGAGGAACAGAAGCAGUACAUAGACAAAUUAAACGCCUUAAGGAGACAUAAGGAAAAACUGGAAGAGAAAAUCAUGGAUCAGUACAAGUUCUAUGAUCCCGCUCCAAAGAAGAAGAACCACUGGAUUGGAGCCAAAGCCUUAGUGAAAUUCAUCAAACCAAAGAAAGAGGGUUCCAGAGAACGAUUAAAGUCAACCGCAGACAGCCCUUCCUGGCAGUCUGAGUCCGCAGACCCUGCCUCGCCGUCAGCCUCUCAGUCCCUCAGAUCACAGCCGGAGAACCCCAGCAACCCCCCACUGGCCUCACAUGGGGCCGAAGAGUGUGAUGCUCACAACGGGCCUUUGGGGAAAGGCCCUGGGGACCUAAAACCAAAGCGAGGGUCCCCACAUGGAAGCAGCCUGGACCACAUGGAGGCCUCUGCUGACCCAGCCAUAAAGCCUUGGCCCUCAGAGCUGGGCUCCCGGACCUGUUCAGCCUCAGCGAUCACAGCACCCACCUCCAGCUCCACCCCUGUCCCCCGGCACCCAGGUCGCACCAAAGGCUACAGUUCGGACGACAACCUCUGCGAGCCGCCCCUGGAGCUCGAGGGCGCCCAGCGCAGGCAGCACGUGUCUCGGCCGAGCAGCUUGGAGAGCAGCAGAAACACAUCCAGCAACAGCUCGCCUCUGAGCCUCAAAGGUUCCUCCGACCAGCUCCACGGCUGCUCCGAGGGCUUCAGCAGUGAAGACCUGAUCCCUAGCAGGGACCCCAACACCCUGGGACGCAGCGCCCUCAGCCGCCAUGAAUACCUCCCGCCUCGGAAUGGGCCUGUGCCCCAGGAGGCUGCCCCGAAGAGAGGCUCGGCCACAGCCCACCCUGGGGUGCGGCCCUGCUCGGCCUCCCCCAGCAGCGAGAUGGUGACCUUGGAGGAGUUCCUGGAGGAGAGUAACCGCAGCUCCCCAGCCCAUGACACUCCCAGCUGCUGCCGGGAUGACCUGCUCGGUGACUACUUCCGAAAGGCCAACGACCCCCCGGCCAUUGGAGGCCCACCAGGCCCUCCUGCCAGGAAAGAGGGAGCCAAGAUGCCCACCAGCUUUGUGGCCCCCACCAUCAAGAUGGCCAUCAACACCUCCGAGGGGAGGCAGCUAAAGCCUGGGCAUUAUGUGAAGCCGAACUUCAGGCCUGCUGAAGCAGAGGUCCCAGCAGGAGCCUCCCCGAGACAGGUCCAACCUCCCCAGAGCCUGUCUCUGGGCAGAGCCCGGCAAGCCACAAUGUCCCCCGCUUCCCAUGCCCCUGCCGGCCGGAGUGCGUCCCUGAGCCGCGCCUACAGCCUGGCCUCUGCCGACCUUCUCCGGGCCAGUGGGCCAGAGGCCUGUAGACAAGAAUCCCCUCAGAAACUGGGGGAUCCUGAGGCCUCGGGGGCCAGAGAGACAGGCAGCCGCAGCCUGCAGAGCCCUGCACCUCCCAGCUCCCACAGCCUGGGACGGGAGCGGACCCUACAGGCAGGCAAGGCUGAUGGCUCCUGCCAAGGUCCAGGGCCCCGCAGCCGGCCAUCAGACACCAGACGCUUCUCACUGGCUCCCCCAAAGGAGGAGAGGCUGGCACCCCUGCAGCAGUCCGCCACGGUCCCAGCCAUUGCCACCACUGCAGGCGGCAGCGGCAGCAGCUCCCAGCUCCAGCACUUCCCACCUGCUGCAGCCGCAGCCUCCAGGACCAAGCCCAAAACGCCUCCACACUCAGGGGAGGUAGCCACCAUUGCCCCUGUCCGCUCAGGGCUCAGCCUCUCAGAGGGAGACAAGAACCUGGGACAGGGCCACACCGAGGGGCUCCUGGCUAAGAGCCCUGGCAGGUCACCUGACUUGGCUCCCCAUGCCAGCCGGGGCCCCGAGGAUUUCAGCCGUGGAGGCAGCUCAAAGAGCACCCCAGCAUCCCCGGAGCCAGGCGGGGACCAGCAGACAGUGUGGUAUGAGUACGGCUGUGUGUGACUGUCUCGUGGAUCAGCAGCUCCUGAACCUUAAACUACUGACAGCUUCUGAUCCCGAUGGCCUUUCCUCCUGUUUGUCGGUGGUGCCGGGAAAGGGUUUAGAGUGGACAAAGCGUUCCCACACACCUGUCCUGUUUGUCUUGUAGAUGGAAACACUGUGCCAAGUCCUGAGAGGAACUCGCUCCCAGGUGUGUGUCGCAUCUUCUGUGUCUACAGCUUCUAGCAGCUGGUAUCUUUUGAACAAAUCCGCUUAGCAUGGGGACCGCUUAGAAUGCAAUGAUAAAACCCUCUUACCCCAAAGCAGACACUAUUUGAGUGGGCCCUGGUAGAACACUCAUUUGCAACCUGUUGACCUCCAUUAAGACAUACAUGUGGGUACACACACACCAGGCUCACAGGGUGGGUUCACCUGGUGGCUCUGGAAACCCCACUCCCUCCUGAAAGCCAUUAGAUCUCAAGGGAAGCCCAGCCUUGCCAAACUACCAAACUCCGGAGGGCCGUGGGCAGAGCUCAUCGUGAGCUGACUGUUAAAAACCUAGGAGUAUUACCAUCCUGUCCCUGGGGUCCAAACUCCCCAAGGUGCCUUCAAGGCCCAUUGUGGGUGGCCUUGGGCACUCACCUCCCUCCUAGCUGGCUCCUGGCCUCUGCAUGGUGGCCUCUGGGGUCCUCCAUAGCCUUCUCUGUGUCACUUUUCUACAAACACUGGAUCUGCCAGGCCUGGGGCGUGAGGUGGAGUGAUGCCCCAACCCCGGGCCGGCGAGUGUGGCGCACACAGGGGAGGCCUGUGCAUAGCAAGGCGCACACUUGGCUUGUGACGUGGCUUAGCGCCCAGCUUCCCCUGUCCCAGAUGGGAUGUUGAUUUAUUUCUGAAUAGCUCUGGAGUAGAAACCAAAUUUCUUUUUAAUAUAUUACUUAUGUAUGUAUACACUGGUAAAAUAUAUAUACCUGGGGGUCUAUUUAUGUUCCAGUUUAGAGUCAUUGUUUUCUGUCAGGAAUCUUACCUGCUGCUCAGUGUAUUUGGUCAGAUCCCUGACACAUUUAGUUUCCUAUCAUAAAGGUGCUUUCCCUGGGGUGGACUAAACCUAUUGACUUUUUCUUAAAAGAUUAUUUUUCCCUUUGGAUUUAAUGGGCUGAGGAAGAAAUGAGACUUGAAUGUUAACAAGAUCCAUUGUAGGAGUAUUUGGGGUUGUGUGUUAAAUAGCCAUUUGUUCUGGAACACAAGGGCAGGGUUGUAAUAAAACAGAACGGAAUAGAAGUGA